AUGUUGCGGACUGUGGAGGGCAGUGGCUGGAGCAGGGCAGUGGUUGGCUGGAGUAGGGCUGCUUGCAACGAUGGCGGGGAGCAGAAGCUGGCGACUGGCGAUGGAGCUGCUUGCGGCGGCGAUUGCGAGCUGCUUGCGCCUGGGAGCGGGGAGCAAAAGCGACGAUGGCGACUGGCGAGGGCGACUGGCGAUGGCGCGCUGCUUGCUGCGACGGGACGGAAGCGCUGGGGGCCUGGGGCGAUGGUUGACGGCGGCAGGGUGGCGCCGCUCUCCCUCUGCCGUUUGUUGUCAAAGAACUAG